AAAGCAUUAAACGUUCCUUUUAACUUAAAGAUUUGAAGUUAUCAUUAAAAACCUAUUUAUUAAAUAUAUGCCCUUGCCACGGCUUAUUUGCCAACUCUUUCCCUAGUUCCUUCGAUUAUCAACGUAUACGUUAUUUUUGUGGCAAUCGGAGGGCCAAAGAACACCAAAGUAUCACUCACAUUUCACCUUCCAUCAUGGGUAAUGUAAGUUCUUCCCUGGACGAACAUCCAACCUUAUACGUGAGGAAUUCAAACCGAUUUCACGUUACAGAAAUCGUAGUAUCAAAUUCCGCCCAUGACCCAUACAUAACAUUUCCUAUCACACAAAAUGGUAUUACCGCCGUCCCAAACACCUUAGAUCUCUUAGAAUUCAUUCAAGACCCUAACGUUCAAACAAUAAAUACAAAUAAAUUUUUACUUAAACUGACAAAAGAUAAAAAGCUAAAGUUAAAAUUUAAAUUUAAUAUUGGAGAGACCGAUGGAAAUAAAGCUGAUGUUAGAGGCCUCACAUUUAUUAAUGUUGCCAGCGAAAAAGAAUUAGCAAGGAUAUUAACAGUCGAGUUCAACGAUGAUCCUAAUCUUCACAAACAUCCCAAUGUCACACUCAUAGGAAAUUAUGAAUCAGACGGAAUGGUAAAGUUAGAGAAAGAGUGGACAUGGGAGUGGUUACCACCACAUAAUACGGAUGAGAUUCAUCGUGGUUGGAGAAACCAUUGUUGCUUUGCCGAAUAUGAUGCAAAUGACAAUAAUUUUACUUUAUUGGCAUCUUUUACAUUUUGGGUCGCAGAUAUACCGAGAAUGCUUAAUCAUCGAGCUUCAAAGAGUUCAGAAUCAGUUGACGGUAUACCAUUUUUUUCAGGAACGUCAUCCCUAUUGCCAUCGUCUCAAUCUACACCAUGGUCUUUUCGUAGCGUCCGACCUUCAAGCCCUGAUAAUGUAUAUCUUCCAGUACCGGGUAUGUCUUCAUACACGUCAGGAACGGCAUCAUCCGUUUCUAGUGGAGGUCGUCGUUCUUCAGAUGACUUAAUGUAUCAACAUGAACCUGAAGAUGGACCAUUGUUUCGUGCAACUUUGACUGCAUAUGAAAAGAAAACAGGUUCAUUAAAACACCAUAUUAAGCGUGUUUUAAAAGCAGCAUCUGGUUCUCAAGAAAUGCUUUUGGAAUGUCAUAAAACUGAAGAUAUUUUUUUAUCUACCUUAAAGGCUGCGGCUGCCGCUCAUCCCCAAGCAUUUCAACCUGUGUUAGAUAGUUAUCUUGAAGAAGCAUCAAAAAAGAUUGCAACUUCCAAAUUAAACCUUGCGAAUCAAAUGUCUGUACUUUUAAUUGAGCCCCUUCGUAAGCUAUACGAGAAUGACAUCAAAGUUGCAGAUAGUAAAAAGAAAGAAUUUGAGGAUGAAUCCCGUGAUUAUUAUCAGUUUCUUUCCAAGUAUUUGUCUUUAAAAGUUGACUCUGCAAAAGAAAAAAAGAAAUUAGAAUCAGAUACUAAAUAUCAAAGCAAGCGUAAAACUUUUGAAUUGAAAAGGUUUGAUUAUUAUGCAUUUAUGCAGGACUUACAUGGAGGACGAAAAGAUCAAGAAAUUCUUUAUCAUUUAACGAACUUUGCUGAAAAACAGUUUGCAUUCUAUCAACAAACCGCUCUUAAUAUUCAAAGCUUAAAACCAGGAUUGGAUAAAUUAGCUGUAGAUGUUGACGAAGCGACAAAAGAGAUUCAUUUAAUGAGAAAAGAAAGAGAAGAAAGGCGUAGGACACUCGAAACUCGCACUACAACGGUAAAUCCAUUUACAAGUGAAAAUUUUGGUGACAUAGAUUCAAAUAUUGGUAAUAGUAGCAAUACGAGUGAUAAUACGAGCGAUAAUGCAGAGAAUACAGCUGCUAGUCCAGUUGGUUCUCCAAAUAUACCGCAAAAUAAGUUCAAAGGAAUUCGUGACUUAGAGCAGCAUGAUUCAGAAUCUGCAUCAAAUGCAGGUAGAAAGAAGGAGGGAUUUUUGUUUGCUACAUCACGAGUAACACAUCACGGGACCGUUGACCCAAUCUCGAAGACAAGUUGGCAUAAAUACUGGUGUGUUUUGGCAGGUGGACAACUUUGUGAAUAUAGUAAUUGGAAAAAACAAUUUGCAACGCAUAAUGAACCAAUAAAUUUACGUUUCGCUACGGUGAGAGAAGCUAGAGGAACCGAAAGGCGGUUUUGUUUUGAGGUAGUUACACCCCAAUAUAGACGUAUAUAUCAGGCAACUUCAGCUGAAGAUAUGUCUUCUUGGAUGACGGUUAUCUCUAAUGCAAUUGAAAGUCUUCUUAAUGGAACAAGUAGUUGUCGUAAUUUGGAUCAAGUCAUGACACAAGAUUCAAAUGGAACCGGAGCUGGCAAGUUAUUUACAAAGAAACCGAUACAGAGAAGAGGAACAUUACCUAGUUUGUCAGAUAGAAGAAAAGUUGAUAUGAAAAAGGGUCAAAUAUCAUCUGUAUCUGAAGAAGCAUCUAAAAACAAUAAAUUAGAGGUUAAUGAAAAUGAAAAACCCGUUAAAAUUCUUGAAAGUGUUAAAGGUGCAGAUGUAUCUAAUUUAAGUUGUGCAGACUGUGGAGCUCGCAAGACAGAAUGGUGUUCUAUUAAUUUAGGAAUUAUAUUAUGUAUAGAGUGCUCAGGAAUUCAUCGUAGCUUGGGAACACAUAUAUCUAAAAUAAGGUCACUUACCUUAGAUACGAAUUCAUAUACGCCUGAUCUUAUUAAUUUAAUUAAAUCUAUUGGUAAUGCUCGAUCUAAUGCAAUUUGGGAAGCAACACUUGAGCAGCGGCAAACGGGUCAACAAAAUGGUACACUGGCAAUUCCGCCUCCAAAAAUUGAAGAACCUCCCCCCGUACCACCAAAAAAUGAUGAUGCAACCACACCUGUAACAGAUUCUGAUUGGGAAGAUCUUAUUAACAUGAUUUCACCGUCAAAUCGCGGUUCGUCAUUGUCACCAUCACCAUCACCAUCACCUACUCCUUCGUUGACAUCUAUGCCCGCGCCACCAGUUAAAAAGUAUAAAGGGAUGACAAAGCCAAAUAGUUCCGACCCUCGUGAUACCAAACAAAAAUUUAUUACUGCCAAAUACGUUGAUAGGGCCUUUGUUGACUUUUCACUUGUUGAUGACGAUAAAAGUGCUACAGAUAUUCUUUUUGAUGCAGUGAAAUCUAAUGAUUUGCCUUUGGCGAUGCAAGCUAUCGCGUUGAAGGCAGAUGUGAAUGCAGCUCGCAGAUUUGAAGUAGCUGAUGAUCAUGGAUUGAAAACCCCAUUAUUAUUAGCAUUACUCCACAUUGAUCCUGCAAAGGUGACCAACGAUGAAGGAAAGUUAUUAUUUCCAAUGGCAGAAUUAUUAUUACAAAAUGGAGCAUAUGUAGAAAAUGUUUUAUUUGAUAAUUUAGAAGAUAUGCUUGGUGUAACAACAACAACGCCUACAAUUCGAAAUUCACCAAAAAGUGUUGGGGCUUGGGCAGCUGAAGUUGUUAGUGAUAUGAAAAAAUCGGGGAAAACUGUGUUUGAUGUAGUUCAAGCUAGCGGAAAUAAUGCAGCUAUAAGAUAUCUUACACCGAAAGUCCUUGCAAGAGGAACUCCACCCAAUGUUGGAGCCUCGUCUUCUGUAACUACAACAAGUACAGGUGGUUUAGUUGGCGGUGCUGUUGUAGUAAAGAAACAUUCAUCCAACUUAGGUCGAUCUUUAUCAAUAACAGUUAAAAAUGUUAUCUCAUGACUGGAUCAUGAUAAACCAUAUUAUAAAUAAUUCUUUUUUUUGGAUUGUAAAUCUUUUUCUUUAUAAUUUAUUUAAAUUAAUUUUUAUAUAUAUUUUUUUAUGAACUAUCACUUAUAUAAGCAUUUGUAUUAAAAAAAAAAAAUUUUUU